AUGUCAGUCAGUCGAAUUAUUGGACCAAAAGUUGAUCCAGCUAUAUUAGGUCAGCCAUUGAAAUUUCGAAGUGGAAAAACAUCGAAAAAUCGGUUGUUUAAGGUACGUAUUUGUUAUUUGAAUAAAAUAAUUUGAGAUUUUCAGGCUCCACUUUCAGAGAAACUCUAUAAUUGGAAAGAAAACGAAAUAUCGAAAAGAGGAAAUGUGAAUACUCAAAUUAUCAAUUUAUAUAAGAAAUGGGGAACAUCUGGUUUCGGAGUCAUUUUUACUGGAAAUCUCGCAACUGAUUCGGUAAUGUUAUUGAUCUGUUAUUUAUCAAAUAAUUAUAUUUUCAGCGUUUCAUCGGAGAAGGCGGUCAAGGAGUGGUUUCUGUUGAAAACACAUCAAAUGAAAAAUCUCGAAACUUGUUGAAACAACUAUCAGAAGCAAUGAAAUCGGAAGGAUCUUUGGCAAUCGCUCAAAUUAAUCACGUCGGAAAAUUAGCACUCGAAUAUUAUUAUGAUAAUCAAGGAAAUCGACAUGUUAUGUAUUCAAAAAUUGAAGACCCACUUACUUUUUCAACAGAUCAAAUUCAAACAGAAAUUCUCGAAAAAUUCAAAUAUUCUGCGAAAACAUUAUAUGAUUGUGGAUUUGAUGGAAUUGAAGUACACGGAGCUCAUGGAAUGUUGUUCAAUCAAUUUCUAGGUAAGAUAGAAUUUUUUCGAAAUAUGUAUUAUGAAUUGAUAAAUUACAGAGCCUAAAAAUCAAAGAACUGAUGAAUAUGGUGGUGAAUCAAUCGAUAAUCGAUCACGUCUUCUCAUAAAUACAUAUCUCGAAAUUCGAAAAUCAAUUCCACAAGAAACUGGUUUUUUGAUCGGUGUCAAACUAAACUCAACCGAUUUCCAAAGUUGUGGUAUUUCUGAUGAAGAAGUUUCGAGAUUAUGUGAAUUAAUCGAAAACGUUGGAUUCGAUUUUGUUGAAUUAACUGGUGGAGCAAUGGAAAGUGCAGUCAAAGAAUUGAAUCAGCGAGAAAGUACUGUAGCUCGAGAAAACUUCUUUUUCCAAUUUGUCGAUCGAUGCUCGAAUAUUUUCAAAGAAACAAAAGUUUUCAUAACGGGAAGAUGGCAAACAACAAAUGCAAUGAUAAAUUCAAUCAAAAUGAAUCUGACUGAUGCAAUUGGAUUCGGUAGAUGGAGUUGUGCUGAGCCACAAUUCCCACAGAAAGUUCUAGCUGGAGAAAUACACAGUAUUCCAGACAUUAAAUUUGCUCCAAGUGAUUUCAAAAUAGCAAAACAUGCAGCUCAUCAACAAAUGAAAGAAAUAUCUUUGGGAGAACAAUUAAGCGAUUUCACAGUGAAAGAAAAUGCGGAUCAUUUCAAACAGGCAUGUUCAUUUUGCCGGCAUUGCCUGCUUUUUGCCGUCCCCCGAAAAAGCAAAGCCGCUUUUGCUUUUACACGGUAAGACUGUGAAAAAGCAACAGCAAAGCAGCUUGCCGAAUUGCCGGCAAUGCUUUUUUCACUGCUUCCAAAAUCAUCUGAAAGCAGUGAGAAUGCAUUGACAAAACAACCUCUUUUUGCUUCUCUAACGCGCGCGCGAGACUACUUGAAUAAAUGCAUACGCGGACGGUUCGCUGGUUUUGUGUGUUGCCAUGUUUUGUGUGUGGAGGGGCGGAGCUUCGCUUGUUGCCUUCUGUAUUUUGAAAAAGCAGCCCGGCAGGCAGCCGCGGCUGCUUUUUUUGCUUUUCCUUACUUGCUUUUUGCCAGCAAAAAGCAAAGCCACGCCCAGCAAAGCUGCUUUGCUUUUUGCCGGCAAAGCAAAAUGAACAUGCCUGAUUUCAAAGUUCAAGCCGAACAAUAUAUUGAUAAUUUAGGAACUUAUCAAAAUAUGGAUUCACACGCAGGAAUUAUUGACUAUAAAUUAUGA